AUGGAAGAAGACAGCAUCACAAUUACGGCCCAGUGCCUCUGCAAGAAGCACAAGUUUACGGCCUCGAUCUCAAAGUCUGCCCUGCCUCUCAAAGCCGCAUGCUGCCACUGCAAUUCUUGCCGCCAUACCUCCGGUGCCCUCUACACCUCGUGCACAACGUGGCCAUCGCCAGACGAGGAUCUUUCUGCUCUCAAAGCUUACUCAUUUAACAAGAAUCUUGAACUAUUCUCUUGCGAAGUAUGUUCAUCGCAAAUUUUCUGUCGCGGCGAUACCACUGGGAAUGCUGCCUGGGUGGUUACCGGAGCAUUACAAAACAUACCAGGGCUGGUUGAAUACGCUACCCACAUAUUCAUCGGAGACACUAUUGAUGGCGGUGCUUCAGUCUGGCUGCCCGAAUCCGAAGAGGGCAAGCCUGUUCAGCGGUGGAGGGAGGGACGUGGAGAAGGCGAGCAACUUCCAUCAAACUGGCCCGGUCCAAAGGCACUAUCCGCAGAGGAACUCAAUGCUGGGCCAUCCCCUGACGUCACGCCUUUGUGGUGUCAUUGCAAGGGCGUGCAACUCUCACUGCGGAGUGCUGCUGAUCUCAGGUCCGUUCCCGACGAGGACCUUGGUCGCUCGUUUAUCAACACCAAGACGUUGAAGUACAGAGGAAGCCUCGAAUGCUGCGACUCCUGCAGAAUGAGUUUCGGAGCUGACCUACUCGCCUGGACUUUUGCUCCUCUGAGCCACGUCGAGUUUGGCGGUCAUGAGAAGCCAGGCGCUUCCCAAUUCCCAAGAAGUGUCAGUGCCCUCAAGGAUGCCGUGACUUCCAAGGAAAAGGAUCCUCGUCUGGGCACUCUGGCUGUGUACAAUAGCUCACCUGACGUUGAGAGAUACUUCUGCUCUAGGUGCUCCGCCAGCGUGUUCUAUGCAGUACACGACCGGCCGGACAUGGUUGAUAUUGCAGUCGGCUUGUUGGAUCAUCCAGAUGGAGCUCGUGCCGAGAGUCUGCUGGAUUGGCGUCUUGAUAAAGUCGGCUGGGCGCAGGAUGCAGCUGGAGGAUGGCGGGAAGCCCUUGCGGAUUCGGCAAAGAAGCGUCAGGCGGAAUGGGCUGAGGCAACCAGAGGAGCAUCUACAAGGAAUCAGUAA